UCUCGUGGCCGCGUAAUCGAGUCACCUGCUCACCUGACCAAUAGAGGCUUCCGCCCUCUUACCGACAGCCAAUAGGAGCGCAGGACGCGCGUCAGCCUGCAGAGCUGCGAGUUGGCAAGGAGAGAGCGAGGGAGAAGGAGGGGAAGAUAGAUGCAAACACUGGAGGAUUCUGUCGUCUAAACGUCCACAGAGGCCGCUCUGUAUGCCGACAUAGUCCCGUUAAGGGCCUUUUAGAGUCGCCUCAGCAGGAAUGGUAUUCCUCAGAGCUUCGACGGUCGCCGUGUGGGGUCUUGGUUAUUAGCAGCUCCCACUGCAGAGUGAAGGAGGAGCGGAGGAGCUGAAGCUUGCUGAAGCCUGUCCUCUUCAUAUGAGCCUUCUUCGUCCCUGCAGCAUCUACACCAGCACCAGGCAGCCCACCGGUUGUUCGACCAGCGAUCAGUAGAUCAACAGACAAGAUGAAGAGUCAGAGUCAGGUCCUUCCUCCUCUACACCACUGAAGCCUGAGUGAGUGAGGUGGACCAUGCUCUGUCCAGAGCGUGGCGUGGUGGAGGAAUGGCUCUCAGAAUUCAAGACGUUACCUGAUGAUCUGAUCCCUGGCUAUACAUGCCGUUUGCGUCUGAAGAAAGGCUUGGUGCCUGCUCUGUAUGCUGUUAUCCAGGAGCACCCCAGCAGUGAGCUCUUGGCCCCGGUGUGUCACCAGCUGUUUGAGCUGUACCGGAGCACAGAGGUGGGCCUGCGCCGUUUCACUUUGCAGUUCCUGCCUGAGCUUAUCUGGGUGUACCUGCGCCACACUGCCAGCAGGGAGCGCCAUCGAAAUGGCUGUGUAGAGGCCUUGCUGCUGGGCAUUUAUAACCUGAUUGUGGACAGUAAGGGAAACAGCAAGCUUUUGUCGUUCACUAUACCCUCUCUCUCAAAGCCUUCUAUAUAUCAUGAGCCCUCCAGUUUAGGAUCCAUGGCAUUGACAGAGGGAGCUCUAAGCCAGCAUGACCUGAUCAGAGUGGUGUACAGUGGCCUGCUGCCCCAGAGAGAAACCUUCACCUCUCAGAACAGGUUUGAGGUGCUGUCGUUCCUCAUGCUCUGCUACAACUCUGCUGUGGUCUACAUGCCUGCAUCCUCCCACCAAUCAGCCUGCAGAACGAGCUCACGAUUGUGUGUGUGCGGUUACCCACGGCAACAGCAGAAGUUAUGGAGGGAGCCCUGCAACCGUGUGCGUCUGGACCCGGAGUUCAUGGUGCAAAUGCUGACAGCAGUUUAUCAUGCAAUCUACAAUGGCCAGUGGGAACUCGGCAGAGAAGCUUUGGAGGACAUCUUGUAUAGAGCACAGCUAGAACUUUAUGCCCAGCCAUUACUGGUAGCGAAUGCUAUGAAUCGAUCUUUGCCACCUCGACCGCCGGAGGGCACUAGGAAUCUUUUGGAGGUAGACGUGACCCCCACAACCAAACGUGUAUCUCAAACAGCCAUCACUGCUGCUUCCAUCCGCAGACUUCGCUGGAAACGAGAGGAUCGUUUUGAUUUUUCGACCACGGCCGAUUUCUACGCCUUCAUCGCUCCCAGCCGAUACUCUCCCCCUGGAAAACCAGCCAAUCCUGUGCCACAUGGGUGGACAAAGUGCACCAUCCAUCUGACUAUGCGAGGGGAUGCUGAUGGUGUGAGUUGUGGAGAGGACUCCUUUGACCCUGACGAGGGCUUCUCCUCAGGGGCAUCCAGUAGCAGUCAGCCCAGCAGUGUUAAGCGAGACUGGACGGCUGGAGCUCGAGGGUCCCGGGACCCUACAGUACGGCACAGAGAGAAUGCGGCGGCCGACACACGAGCAGCCCUACGAAGACUUCAUCAGCGUCACCAAUCCCCCCCCCCCGCCAUCACCCUCCACACUGCAGAGAGCAGCCGCAGCCCCAGCCCCAGCACAACCAGGAGAUUCCUGGACCCUCAUUACAUUCCCCCCUUUGCUGGCCCUCCGCCCAGAACUGGUAGCACGUCCUCCAGUAAGUCUCUAGACUGCACUGGCCUCAACGGCUCAUCAGGGCCCACUGAUAGCUUGUCGCUUGGCAGCCUCAGUGCAGAUAGAGCCCACUGUUUAUCUGCUAUUAGCCUGCAGGAAGAGCAGCUUGGCCGGGCAACGAGGAGCCAGGAUGUCCUCUCGCCAGGAAGCCCCUUUUCUUCUGGAAGCCCUCUGUCCAAACAGUCCCGCUCAUCCAGUUUUAAUAUGCAGAUAAUAUCGCAGGUGUAGUUAGCUUUGCAAGGUGUGUGUGUGUGUGUGUGUGUGUGUGUGUGUGUGUGUGUGUGUGUGUGUGUGUGUGUGUGUGGUAGAGCUUAAUCUGGCCUGAAAUACAGUCUAAGAAUUUUCUAAGCCCAAAGCACAAAAUUUUGAGUCUCAACUCAACCGGAGUACAACAGAAUUCAAUUCAAAACUGAUCCAAAUGGUAUCAGCAAGUUUUAGACAGAAACAGACCAGAGUACAACAAAAAUCUGUUACAAACUGGACUGAACCAGCCCAUCUACACCUAAAGUGCUGAGUAAAACCUGACCUUAGAUCUUGGAUUUUAAAAAAGGAUAUGACUGUCAAAAAUGAAGUUACAAUCCCAUUUUAAAAAUAUAUGAAAAAGUCCUCUGAAACAACAUCCUUAAGUUUGGAUAAACUUUCUUACUUUCUUUCCUCCAUUUUCUCUCUCGUAUCGGUGCUAAAUUCAUGAGUUCAAACUAAAGAGGGGGAAAUGCAGAGUAAAAUCUGUAAAUCUGUAAAAACUUGAAAUUUGAGCCUGACCCCAGCCCGAGACAUUUAUGAAAUGAUGUCUGAAUCUGACAGAACCUGACAUUUAGUUUGGUCCUAUCAGGUUGGGACAAAUCAUUCAAGCUCUAGUGUGUGAAUGUGUUAUAGGAGUAUUGCGGAAAACUAAAGUAUAACAUGCAUGAUGAGCAUGUCAUUCCCUGCGUGUGUUAAUGGGUGUAAAAUGUUUCACAGUGUGCAUCUGAAGGAGUGCGUGUGGGUGGGGGUGUGUGUGUGGGUGUGCAUGUUUGUGUACAUAUAUGUGAGUAAUUUACACUGACUUCAUUAUGCACUGGUGGUUUGUGUGGAGGAAAAUAAGUGUUUUGCACAGUACUUCCCCUUGUGGACAUGUUGAGAAGUGCACAUGGUUUCAGACUGUUUUUAAUGUGCCAUAAACAUAGCUAUAUCAAGAGGAGUAACAACUCACCAACUCUGCUGUAUCCGAACAAUGGAUUCAAGAACUGACAAUCAUGUGAAUCAAAUGCUGAGUGGCCUGACAAUGCAUGAUCCAAAGACUUAUCUGUAAGACUGCAGGAGGUAUUAAAGAAGCUUCUUCCAUUUCAGUGUCAUAAAACGAUACCCGUGCUCCUGAUCCAUCCAGAUAAACUGAAAUGUGCACAGCCUCGAAGAACCCAUGGAAAAGCUCCCAGUAAAUUGUGCAAUGAGAUAUAUAUAUAUAUAU